CGCUAAACAAAGAAUACCCUGCCCAAAAUGUAAACCUAUUUUUAGUUUUAUCAAAUUACUAUUUCUUGCAUUUCGUUUUACUUGCCUCCGAUAUAAGAAUAAUUAUUUCAAUACACUACUUGUCAAAUUUAUAAAGUCGAAUUUUGUUAUAUAUUUUUUUCCUCUCUACCAUUCACAUUUAAAACCCAUAUAAAUUAACCGUCAAAUUUAGAGUUUUAAAGUAAGAAGAGUUAUGAUGAGUAAACUGGGAUAAAGUGAAAUGAAACGAAAUGAGUAUAUGACACUUUGACAGUCAUUUGUCAAAUUGUGAUGUUUUACCUUUUUUGAAAUAUUUUAAACAAAAUAUUUAAGCGGGAAUUGACAUUGAAUAAAAAAUAAACCUGAAAUUUGAACCUGCAAAAUCAAUAAGCAAAUAAAGUAGAAAACAUUAAUAAUGGGUGAUGAGAGGUUGGAGGUAGCAUUCUUCGAUGUUGAAACUACUGUACCGACCCGACCCGGCCAAGGCUUUUCGAUCCUGGAGUUUGGGGCUAUUCUUGUUUGUCCAAGGAAACUCGUCGAGCAGGAGGUUUAUUCCACCCUUGUACGACCCACUGAUCUCUCCCUCAUUUCCACCCUCUCCGUUCGCCGUAACGGCAUUAAUCGGGAAGAAAUCAUAUCUUCCCCCACCUUCGAUGAAAUCGCCGAUAAAGUGUAUGACAUUCUCCAUGGGAGAAUAUGGGCAGGCCACAAUAUACUGAAAUUUGACUGUCACCGAAUUAGGGAAGCAUUUGCUGGGAUUAAUAGGCCAGCACCAGAGCCUAAAGGAAUAAUUGAUACAUUGGCUUUAUUGACACAGAGAUUUGGAAGGAGAGCUGGUGACAUGAAGAUGGCCUCUCUUGCUACUUAUUUUGGACUUGGACGGCAAACACAUAGGAGUUUGGAUGAUGUCCGCAUGAAUCUUGAAGUGCUGAAGUACUGUUCAACUGUCUUAUUUUUGGAAUCCAGCCUACCAGACAUAUUUAUAGAGAAUAGUUGGGUGUCUCCUAAUGCUACGACAAGAAGCCGUAGUAAUGGGAGAGCUUCACUAGAAAAGCUGGACUUCAGUGCAGAUACACCCUCAGCAAGCAUCAAGAUAGAAAGUCUUGUCAAAUCUACAGCAGAAAUCAUUCCUUUUAACAUGGACGAAUUGGAAGAAUCCCUUCUGUCAGAUGUUAUCGAAGAUGAAUCUGGUUCAUAUUCACCAGAAUCUUCCACAACUGCAACUGAGAGUUUCAUUGGCUACAUUGACUUCUUAGAACCAAAUGAAAUCUCCAUACCUUCAAUCUCUGUAAGUCUUGCCCCUUUUUUUCGUGGGUCUCAGAAGAUAAAAGUAUUGCACGACAAUGGUGAACUACAAGUUUGUUGUAGACAAAUGAAGGUGCGGUUUGAUAUUAGUAAAAAGUAUGUUGAUAAAGCUGGUUUGCCGCGACUGAGUUUUGUGGUUGAUGCAUCCUCGGACCUGUGCAAAAUCUUGGAUGUAGUUGAUGAUUAUGCUCAAAAGCUAUCUGUGGACUCAGGUAGCAGCUCAGAGUGGAGGCCCGUGGUGACUAGAAAGCCUGGAUUUAAGAACUACCCUACUGUCCGCUUAAAUUUACCAACUGUUAUAGAUGGUAAUACUUUCUGUUGGACUACGGAGAUAUAUCAGAAAGAAUCUUCGACAACACAGAAGCCCGUGAUCUUUAGUAAAUUUGAUGUGGAAGAACUGGAAUCCUUGAUAAAAGCGGGAAGUAUCGUGGAUGCUUACUUCUCAAUGGAUUCAUAUGACGUCCAACAGAAUGCUGGCAUCCGCUUAGUUGCAAGCAAGUUGAUUGUGCAUCAGUUCCCAGAUUUAACUUGUAGUAGAACUGAAACUUAGGUUGAACCUGGACUGUUUAUAAUAUCUCACAGGAAAGUUGCUGUUAUUCCUGUGAUUAUCUGUCUAGAGUGAGAUUUAAUUAGCUCUCUCUUGUAGGAUGAGUUGAAAAAUGAAAGGUUUGUCCUAAUUUGACUUUGCAAA